AUGAGUUUGGUCCACAGACGAUUUUUCUCACUGCGGAGCCCGUUUAUUCAGCAGCGGCUGCCUACACUUCAGCAAUGCAGACAAGAUCCGGUGAAAUUGAUAGCUUUACCGUUAACGAAAACGAAAUCUUACAUAUUUUUCCGGUAUGCGCCCGAAUAUAUCAACACGAGAUCGCUGGCUAUCAAAUUUGAGAUAAAAGUGGCCCGCAAGGCCACUGAGCUUUGGAACAAAUUGCAAAAAUCGCCCAAAAGCUAUAAUAAGAAGAUUGUCAGUUCAAUCACAAGAUUGUUGGAUAAUACGCCCUGGACCGAGAAUGCACUGCGUACCGUACCAUCAGAAAGUUAUUUGCUCAAACGCGUCGUCGAGCAGAACCAGGAACGCACUUUGAGUCUCGCGGAAUACCUCAAGCGAGGUUCCAGUUUGACCGCGGAGCCUGUGACUCUGUACUAUCCGGCUGAUGUUCUAAGCGAAAGUCAAAUUCGGGCCAAUGCUUUACAAAUGUGGCAAACCGGUAUCAAAUAUCACAAAAAAUAUACAAUCAUGAGCCUGUUGGGCAUCCCACUGACGCUGCCAUUGGUUCUCGUUCCCGUAUUACCAAAUGUGCCUGGGUUUUACCUCUUGUACCGGGCAUACUGCAACUUUAAAGCGUACUGUGGCGCGAAGCAUCUGGAGUCUCUUUUCAGCAGCUCACAUCCUUCACGCGUGCGAUUCGUCGCCAUAUCUAAUACUGAGCAGGUUUUUACACAGCCCGGCGGACAAAAAGAAGCAGCGCUUUUGACUCCGCAAAAUGUUGAUCCUAUCCUCCAAGCGCUUGGCUGUGAGGAUAUGAAGUCAGCACUUGAAAAGGCAAUAAGACAGGAAUCCAAACAGGUCUCGCGUCAGGACGUGAGCAAAUGA